AUGAUCAGCAUCGACGAUGGCCACUGGCCCCCGCUGGUUCUGCUGCGGUCCAUCAGUUCGGUCAGCACCCCGUCUGAGAUAUCUGACGCCUUGGCGCUACUCCACGCAUCAAUCAAGCACUCAAAGGGGAACCCCUCGUCUUUCAAAGCCCUUCGACACUGCUUCAUGACCCUCACAAGGAUCACCAUCCGAAGGGACGGAGGGGCGUUGUAUCUGCUUCCUCGAUCCACUGACCUGCUCUUGGCGAUGCUGGAGAGCUUUCCUGCUGAGGCAGAGUUGCUCAUUGAAUCCAUAAACGACUUUGUGCGGCGAUGUACGGGCGUAGCCGACGAGAGGGCGCGCGAGGCGGUCACGCGCAUCCUCGACUGGCUCGAAGGUCAAAAAGACAGCGUCCUAUUCGACAAUGCCCGCCGCAACGUGGUUCGACAUUGCAUCAGCAGCGUCGAAUCCUCGAUGAAGUCUUCACUCGGCAAAACCGCCUCCUCAGAACAGUUCGUCGACUUUGAGCUGAUGGACCACCUCCUGCGUCAGGAUUAUUGCGCUGAUUCGGAUCUCGAACAACGCGCGCUGCGGUGCUCGAUCUUUGUGUCGGGACACGCAUGCAAUCACGAACGCACGUGGCAAAGCUUCAACGUAUACCAGGAGCAUAAACAGAAUCAUGGCUUGGCCAUGUCCGGAUCCGACUACUGGCUGCUUACCAGAGCAUUGCUGCGAUCGAAACCAGGGCGCAAAGAGGCUUGGCACGUGUUUCUGCAGGCCGAGCGGCUGUGGCGGCGUGAAGCUGAAGGAGGCUUUGGCAACGAGAGCCAAAGCCGUCGACAGGCAAGAAACCUCGAACACACUUGCAUCGAACUGCUCCAAGCGAUGGCCAAGAGCACCGACGUGUGUCUGAGGAAAGUCCUAUCGAUGCUUGGUAUCUUCCUCGAAGGCAGCGAAUACUCGGACGGCAAGCGGAUGGUCACGGGCAAGGGCUUUUCCAAGGUCAUGUUGGCGCGAAGACUCGACGUGCGUGCGUAUGCGGUGGUGAUGCAUGGCCUUCUGACGCGCAAACGGCCCAAAUGCGCUUUCACGGUAUGGAAGGCUAUGCUGCAACGCGGAGUAAUGCCCAACGCCCCGAUUUUGUCACUGCUGUUGCAACACUUGUUCCUGAUGCGCGACGUCCAAGGGGCUAUGCAGCAGCUCCAUAUUUGGUGCGAAGAAGGAGUUCCCAGAGAGACAAUGUCCAGGCACGACAGGCUCAGAGAUAUCGAAGUGACAUCCUUGUCGACAACUGAACUUCCUGACACCGACAUGCUGUUCUCGGGGACUCCAUCUGGCAAGUACCACCAGCCACCAGCUGAGCUACACCUCGUCACCCCUGACGUUGUGCUCGCUACUGUCGUCUUCAGCGGAUUGCAUCGUUGCGGAUCGCAGGGUGUCGAAGCGCUCUGGGACGCGUAUCAACUCACGAUCCAGCGCUUCCCGGACGCACCGGUGCUGGCGAUGCUGCUCAAAGCGUCGAGUCCCGACGAAGCCACGCCGACGAUCGAUGCUACGUUUGGACGACAGGUGUUCCGAUCGCUGCUGUUCUGCAAACACCCGGAGCUGGUCGAAUACCGCAACCCUCUCAACGAGCAGCUCGAGACGAACAGCACGGCAGGAUGGAUCUUUUCCGAUCACACGGUAGGGUCUAGGAUGGAGGAAUGGAUUGGCUCGGUGUUCCAGCCUAGAAAGAGUGCGUUCGCUGACUUGGCAGUCGACAGAGCAGAUCCAAGCAGUCUCGUGUUUACGUCGAAGCUGUUCGAGCACUAUCUGCGACUCGUGCUGCAUUUGCAUCAUUCGUCUGGAGCUGAGCAGGGUGCACGCGCAUCACGACAGGAACUGGUCGACCUGCUCGGCUGGAUGAAGGAGCUGCAUGUGACACCAUCCGCGACGCACGUAGCAUUGACGAUGCUCGAGAUCGAAGAGCAUCUGCCGCCAGCCGUCGCAGCACGCCAGAUGGAUGCAUUGGAAGCGUGGUUGACUAACUGGCUCGGCGACAAGGCAUUGCCGGAAGCCACGGUGAUGCAGCAACAUUGGCAGUGGAAGAUGGCACGGAACGGGCAAAAGAAGGGCUGGUUCGAUCGUAUUACAAAGUACAAGCAGGAGGACAAGGAGGAGGCUCAUCCGCACGAGCCAGAAUAA